UUUCACUCGUUCCACAUUAUGAAUUCUCCCAAUUUUGGAUACAGGUUGCUAUAUGUAAUUUUUAGAAUAUAAAGUUGUUGCAGUCGCACCUCUUACCUGAACCAAAGGCUUGGCUUGAAAGUCAUCAAUCACAACACAAAGUAGACCUUCUAGUUCUAGACCCACUUUGCCAACCCCUCCUUCUUUCAUCACCCAGCUUCCAAACAUCAAACAAGUGCAGUUGCUGGUAUCACGAGCAAAAUGUCGGCAGAAAAGAAGACUUUGAGCAAACCGGCCGCCGGGGUGCCUUACUACACCCCAGCCCAGGAGCCGCCGGCAGGGACCCCUUUGCAGCAGCAGGACGCCAUCCCAACGCUGUUCAAGCCUCUGAAGAUCCGUGGCGUCGAGCUCUCCAACCGCUUUGGCGUCUCGCCCAUGUGCACCUACUCAGCCGACGAUGGCCACCUGACCGACUUCCACUUGGUGCACCUGGGCCAGUUCGCCCUGCACGGCACGGCCCUGACCAUUGUCGAGGCCACAUCCGUCACGCCCAACGGACGCAUCUCGCCCGAGGACAGCGGCCUGUGGCAAGACAGCCAGAUCGCUCCUCUGCGCCGCAUCGUCGACUACGUGCACAGCCAGGGCCAAAAGAUCGCCAUCCAACUGGCUCAUGCCGGCCGCAAGGCCAGCACAAAGGCCCCCUGGCACGACUCCUUCACCCCCAGCGGCGAGUAUAAGCCGAGAGAGGGCUUACAGGUCGUCGGACCCGAGUAUGGCGGCUGGCCUGAUGACGUCUGGGCCCCGAGCGCCAUCCCGUUCUCGGAGGACUUUCCGAACCCCAAGGAGAUGACCGUUGAGGAGAUUGAGGGACUCGUCACCAGCUUUGUGGACGCUGCCAAGCGUGCCAUCGAGGCCGGCGUCGACAUUAUUGAGAUUCACGGCGCUCACGGUUACCUGAUCACCGAGUUCCUUUCGCCGCUAUCAAACAAACGGACAGACAAGUACGGCGGCAGCUUUGAGAACCGCACCCGGGUCCUGAUCGAUAUUAUCAAGGCCGUCCGGGCAGUGAUUCCCGAGGAGAUGCCACUCUUCGUCCGAAUCUCCGCGACCGAAUGGAUGGAGUACGCCGGCGAGCCUAGCUGGGACCUCGAGCAGAGCACACAGCUUGCCAAGCUCCUCCCGGACCUGGGUGUCGACCUGCUCGACGUCAGCUCGGGCGGAAACUCGGUGGCCCAAAAGAUCGAGCUCACGCCGUACUACCAGAUCGACCUGGCAGCCAAGAUCCGCGAGGCCGUCGGCGAUAGGUUGCUCAUAGGCGCGGUCGGCAACAUCAACACGGCUGACAUUGCGCGCGAUGUCGUGGAUGAGCAGGGCGCCGAGAAGGUGGCCGAGGCCAAGCAGACGCAUGACACCAUCGAGGUCGUGAGCGAAUCACAUGGCGGCAAGACCAAGGCGGAUCUGGUCCUCAUUGCUCGCCAGUUCCUGCGCGAGCCUGAGUUUGUGCUGAGGACGGCGCAUAACCUUGGGGUCAAUGUGCAGUGGCCUCACCAAUACCACAGAGCAGUGUGGCGCAAGGGUGCAAGGAUUUGAUAAAGGGGCAUUAGAGGAUAAAGAGCCCCGAAGAGAUGAAUGAAGGGUGAAGAAAAGAAUAUGAAAGAAUAUAAUAAAGUCUUGGGCAAACAGAGAGAAAUCAAGAAAUAGAUAGAUGGGGGAACAGAACAGGGGUAGGAAAGAGAUAUUUAAAAGUUUAUAGACUAUCAAGAUAUUAAUAUGCCUCCUUUAUACACGUCAAAGAGAAAACUCCAGACGGGAAAAGCUCUAGUCCG